AUGUUUGAGCCAGUAUUCUUUUACCUCUCAACAAGCAGCGCUACAAGACGUACCGAUUACCGAACAAUGUUCGACUGUGGUAAUUGUUGUCAAAAUUUCGAAUUAGGCGAACGAUUCAAUCGAAAUACCAUCGCUUCGAUUGUAGCGGGUGUUAUCUUUGCCAUUGGCUGGUGGAUUAUCAUUGAUAGCACUUGUCAAUAUUCUACCCAAGCUGAUUUCAAUAAGGUUUAUUAUAUAAUUGGUGCAGUCGGUACAAUAGCACUGAUUUUAGUCAAUUCAGUGUCGAACGCACAAGUUCGUGGCGAUGCAUACGGUGACAGUUGUGUUGGACAAGUUGGAGCAAGAAUAAUUCUUUUCAUUGCUUUUCUUCUUGCAUUUGGUUCAUUAAUUGGUGGUGCUUGGGUUUUAUUUGGCUAUUAUAUUCCAUACAAAAGCAGCGAUAAAAUCUACCCAGGCAUCGCUAUUUUCUGUCAGAAUCUUGCUAUAUUCAUCAGUACGGUGAUUCUGAAAUUUGGUCGCAAAGAGGAUCUCGGCUAUUAG